AACAAUAGGAUUAAAACAGACAAAAUAAUUUUCCUCGAGGCUUCAUGUCUCUCAGAGUUCCAACCAUGAGCGUUUUCCCUCCAGUUCGACAGGACCGAGUCAUUGCGCAGCUCCCUCAGGCUUUCAGAAAAGAAGCAGCUUUUCACAUUACGGAAGACUUCAACAAUAAAGUUAGGAGCGCCUGCCAGGAAAGGCGGACUGGCACUGUGGGAUUUAAAAUCUCCAAGGUCAUCGUUGUUGGUGAUCUGGCUGUGGGGAAAACCUGCCUGAUUAAUAGAUUUUGCAAGGAUGCCUUCGAUAAGAACUACAAGGCGACGAUCGGUGUUGACUUUGAGAUGGAGCGCUUUGAGGUGCUCGGCGUCCCUUUCAGCCUGCAGCUUUGGGACACUGCAGGCCAAGAAAGGUUCAAGUGCAUUGCUUCCACAUACUACAGAGGAGCUCAGGUCGUGAUCAUUGUGUUUGACGUAAAUGACAUCGCCUCUUUAAGCCAUGCUCGGCAGUGGCUUGAGGACGCCUUAAAGGAGAACGACCCCACUAGUGUUCAGCUUUUCCUCGUUGGCACCAAAAAGGACAUGAGUUCUCCUGCUCAAUAUUCCCGGAUCGAGCAAGACGCUCUGAAACUUGCAAAUGAGAUUCAUGCAGAGUACUGGGCUGUUUCCUCUCUGACAGGGGAAAACGUCAAAGAGUUUUUCUUUCGAGUCGCUGCUUUGGCCUUUGAGACAAACGUUCUCGCUGAGUUGGAGAAAAGUGGAUCGAGGCAGAUUGGAGACGUUGUCAGAAUUAACAGCACCUCAAGCAAUCCGUACGCUACAACAAAGAAGAAACAGGGAAACUGCUGUCAGUGAGGCUAAGACAAAGGUUUUUACAUUUUUGAGGCCCAAACGCACAGACUUGGAUGAAGGCUUUUUUUUCCAGCAGUGGAUGAAUGGCUGCCAUCCAGCUUGGUUUCUGUGGCCAGAGAGAGAGUGGCUGCAUUUCAUGCCCUGUUUACAGUCUCUUUUUUUUUUUUUUUUUUUUUUUUUUCCAUGGCCAGAGGAAGUUUCCUGUAAGGGAAAAAUGAUGUUAUUCAUGGUGUUUCUCAGUUUUGGCUUGACUUUAACCCAGAAUGAUGGGUUAUGCCGCCAAAAUACCAAAGAGUCUGUAGAUGCUUACUUUGCUUAGAACCUUGGUUUUACUGCCGUAGUUCUGCUUCUCAAUCAAUCCGUUUGUACAUGUUUAACCCAAAUAUAUCUAGUGUUGACUUUUCAUCUAAUUCUAAAUCACCACUUCGACACCCCAUCUCCUCUGUUUGACUUUUAGACUAUCAACACUGAAACAAGGAAACAGACGUGAACAAAGUAGCGCCUAUAAGGUGUUCAGAGCAGUUCCCUAAGGCCCGCUCUAUUCCUAUUAUGAACUUAUCUUGAGGUGUCUUAUUAUAAAUGUAUCUGAAUGCAGCAGCAGCACAGUCUCAUAGGUAUUCGAUGGGUGGAAACAUUUCUGUUUUGCUGGUAAUGUUACUGGGAUCUGUCACACUAAAAUGAAAUCAAACCAUCUAUUGGUUAUACCUACUUGCACACAUAGAGCAAUAUAGACUGAAUAGUUAAUAUUUCUGUUUACUGUGGGAGGAAACCAGAGGGAGAACGAUCUCCAUGAAACUUGUUUUAGAUUUUUUUUUUCAGUGACUGUUUUUUCUCCUCUUAAUCCAAGUUGCUCUGAACCUUAAAUGAUCAACUUUUAAAUAUUUUUUUUAAGUGGAGGUCUAAAUAAAAAAUGCACCAAUUACUUUUCUUCCAAGAUUAUCGGUGUUGAUCCUAUUUAACCGACGAAUGAAUAAACUUUAUAUCUUACCAUGUGAAUGAAGGCUUCAGCUUUGAUAUAAACAUUGUUUAAAAAGGGAAACAAAAUAACACAGAUAUAAAUCUACUUUUUUAUUGUUUAUUAAUGAAUAAUAAAAAAAUAACAGAUAUAGGGCACUGCAUUGGAUCUUAGAUAUCCGAUAUCAAAUCACCAAUAUCAGAUCCAGAUGCAAUCAUUUCAAAAUUUAAAACAACUUUAAAAAUAAUGAUGUUUUGAAAAAUGGAAAUAGUUCUGUUUCCAUAAAGUGCCUUAAAUGUCCAUUAAAUUAUGAUGAUGAGUUAUUGUUUGGUAGGGAUACAGAUAAUGCUGGCCUGUUUUCAGUUUCUUUUUGGAACCUUCUUAGAAUGUUUAAUUUUUAGAAAUGCACAGCUAAAUUUGUAAUAAUUGUGGUAAUUUUAUCUCAUUUUUAUUUUCAUGCCUCCUCAUAAAGGGAAAACUCAUUAAAGGUUGGAUCAGUAUGAAAUGAUGUUGCUGCAAAACAAGUUAUCCCGUUUUAAGACUUUUUAAACUUGUUUUCCAAGCAUGGAGGUUGUUAAAUGUCAAAGUUACAUUAUUAAAGCAUUAGUGUGUCACAGCACAAAGGAGAGAUGUAUUGUGUAUGUGAGCUGAGGGCUAAAACGUAAUAAUAAUAAAUUAAUUUCUAGUGCAACAUAAAGAGAUAUCAGGCAUCAUCAUCAUGCCUUUAACCAUUUUCUCACGCCUCCAUCUUAAGGAAAAAUAUUUCCAGGAAGCUUGAUAGGUACUUACUUAUUGUUUUUAUUUAAUCAGUGACUGAAUUUGUUGUAGAGUUUUUAUUUUGUCUUUGUGAGCAUCAACUGUUUUGAUUCAAGUGUCUGAUUUUUAUUUUUAUUACACGAGAAAUCCUGUGCUAUUAUUUUGGUUAGUAAAAAAAUAUCAAAACCUAAGUCAUUUAAUAAUUACCUUAAUGUAUUUCUAUGCAAAUUAAAGUAUUUGACAUAAA